CGGGGCUGACAUGCGGCGCGGCCCGGGCGGCGGCAGCAGCGGCGGCGGCGGGAACUCGAGCGGCGACGCGGGCCGAGGGGGCGGCGGCUCUCGCGGCGGCCCAGCCCCGGCGCUCCGAGGUGUCCUCCAGCAUGGUGACCAUGGCCGAGCUCAGCACGGCGCCCGCCGGCCAGGGCCAGCAGAAGCCCCUCCGCGUGGGCUUCUACGACAUCGAGCGGACCCUGGGCAAAGGCAACUUCGCGGUGGUGAAGCUGGCCCGGCACCGGGUGACCAAGACCCAGGUGGCGAUCAAAAUCAUCGAUAAAACACGCCUGGAUUCAAGUAACCUGGAGAAGAUCUACCGCGAGGUGCAGAUCAUGAAGCUUCUGAAUCACCCUCACAUCAUAAGGCUGUACCAGGUGAUGGAGACCAAGGAUAUGCUGUACAUCGUCACCGAGUUUGCCCAGAACGGGGAGAUGUUCGACUACCUGACCGCCAACGGGCACCUCAGCGAGGACGAGGCCCGGAAAAAGUUCUGGCAGAUCCUGUCGGCCGUGGAGUAUUGCCACAGCCACCACAUUGUCCACCGCGACCUCAAGACGGAGAACCUGCUGCUGGACGGGAACCUGGACAUCAAGCUGGCAGAUUUCGGUUUUGGGAACUUCUACAAGCCGGGGGAGCCCCUGUCCACGUGGUGUGGGAGCCCCCCCUACGCCGCCCCGGAGGUCUUCGAGGGCAGAGAGUACGAAGGGCCCCAGCUGGACGUCUGGAGCCUGGGCGUGGUGCUAUACGUGCUGGUGUGCGGCUCGCUGCCCUUUGACGGGCCCAGCCUCCCAGCCCUGCGGCAGCGCGUGCUGGAGGGCCGCUUCCGCAUCCCCUUCUUCAUGUCCCAAGACUGCGAGAACCUGAUCCGCCGCAUGCUGGUGGUGGACCCCGCCAAGCGCAUCACCAUCGCCCACAUCCGCCAGCACAGGUGGAUGCAGGCCGCACCCCCCCUGCCGCCCGCCGGGGCCCCGCUCGCGGCCCUCAGCUACAGCUCCAACCUGGGCCACUACGACGAGCAGGUGCUGGGGCUCAUGCAGGCGCUGGGCGCCGACCGGCACAGGACGGUGGAGUCGCUGCGGACCAGUAGCUACAACCACUUUGCGGCCAUCUACUACCUCCUGCUCGAGCGGCUGAGGGAGCACCGCAGCCCCCCGCAGCAGCCCACCCCGCCGCGGCCCCGCAGCUCUGACCUCGCGGCUCUGGAGGUCCCCGCCGACGCCUUCCAGACCUCCCAGCUGGGCACACAGCCCCCCAACCCGGGCCAGUCUGCCCUGCAGGCCGAGGUGGACUGCGACCUACCCAGCUGUCUGCAGCCAUGGCUUCUGCCCGUGGACCCCAGCUGCAGCGGCGCGCUCUGGCCCCGGUCGGCGUCACCCAGCAGCCUGCUGGACACGGCCAUCAGCGAGGAGGCACGGCCGGGCCGGGGCCUGCAUGAGGAGCUGGAGCCCCUGGCCGGCGGCACUGGCCGCAGGCACACCCUGGCCGAGGUGUCUAGCUGCUUCUCCCCAUGCAGCCCUCCCUGCAUCAUCGUCUCCACGUCUGUGCCCCCGGCCUCUGAGGGCACCAGCUCCGACAGCUGCGUCCCCUUCUCUGCUUGCAGCGCCCCGCAAGGGCUCGGUGGCCGCCUGGCCGCCCAGGGGCUGCUGGGCACCUGCUCCCCACUGCACCUGGCCUCACCCCUGCUGGGGGCGCAGUCGGCCACCCCGCUGCUGCAGCGUCAGGGGGCCCCAGCCGGGGCAGCUCUGCUGCCCGUCAGCUUCCAGGAGGGUCGCCGGGCCUCCGACACCUCGCUCACUCAAGGCCUGAAAGCCUUCCGGCAGCAGCUCCGCAAGAACCCCAGGGCCAAGGGCCUCCUGGGCCUGAACAAGAUCAAGGGGCUGGCCCGCCACGUGUGCCUGUCCGCCUCGUCCAGCCGGGCAUCCAGGGCCGGCCUGGGCCCCCUGCAGCCGCUGUCCCCGAGCCCAGGCCUGCUGGAAGCCGUGCUCCAGCAGCAGAGGCUGCUCCAGCUCCAGCAUCACCCGACCUCCGCACCCAGCUGCCAGCAGAGCCCCCCGUCACCCCCCACAGCGCUGCCCAGCACCCUCCCCGCGCCCGGGCUCCCGGAGGAGCUGGGCCCGCGGCUGCCAGCCCCUCUGCUCCCAGCCGGGCUGUCCCCGGUGGUCUCGGCGGCGCAGCUCCUGGACGCCCACUUGCACAUCGGCGGCCCGACCUCCUCAGCCCCGCCGGCCGCCGUGGCCCCCAGCUUUGAGCCGGUGGCGGGCCUACGGCCAGGGGACUGUGACAUGGAGGCGCUGAGCCCCGGCCGGCGCGGCGCCUUCGUCCUGGUGCAGUGAGGCUGCCUGUGGGCGCCUCUCUCAGCAAUAAUCUCGCGGCCAAGCGCGGCUCGAGGCCACCAAGCAAUACGCCCUGCCUGUCCCGCCCCUGCAGCUUUGGUUUUCCUUUCCUCACACUGAGCCGCUGCCCCAAGCCGGCCACAGACUCGCCGAGGGGGGACAAGGACGGGGUUGCCACCGGUCACUGCACACGGGCUCAUCAGCCACCGGCCACUCCCUGGACUGACCCGUGUCCAGACCCAAGCUGCUUCUCCCAGCAGCUCUGAGCACCCUGGGGCGGGGGGGCUUCAGGGAGCCCCGAGGGGCAGGGCACACCCCCCCCCUCCUCAUCUGCUGCUACUUCAUGUCAGACCCAGGAAGCACCGCCGAGGGAUGGGGUGGACGCCUGCUCCCCCGCUACACUCCCAGUGGACACGCUCGUUGGGGAGGAGACAGGGGCUCUGCCUCCAGUCCCUGUGGGCAGCCCCCAGCCCUCAUUCAGGUGCCUUCAGCCCCCACCGGCUCCCGCCACUCACAGUGUUAGUCCCAGUGGCCAGAGCACGGGGCCAGGCAGCGCUGGCCAAAGCCAAAGACUGGGGGCUGGUAUCCCCGGGCCCACCCGGGGCUGUGCCCAGGUCCUCGAGCUGUCAGGCCUGGCCAGCGGUGCCUGCUCCCAGGGGGCCGGGACCUGGGGGCCACCCCCAGGCCAGAGGCCAAAGGCCUCAGCACCACAGCAAGCACUUUAAUCAUGGCCCUUCCGAGCCUGCGCGGCCGUGCCCACGCGUCCCCAGGACGCCGCCCCCACCGGGCCCAGCCUGGGGUGGAGAUACUUUUGUUGUGUUUGUUUGUUUUGUUUUUUUACCACAACCGAAGUAGUUAUUUCUUCUGUUACCCUGAGAGGUGUGUGCUGGAUGACUCAUGGAUGCCUGUUUUUUAAUUUAAUAUUUAAAUAAAAUAUUUGGGGACAAACCCCUGGCCUCCACCUGCUCUGACA